AGGUGGGGGGUUGUCUGGCUGAGGACGUCUAUUGUUGGAUCCGCAGCUAAGCCGGAACAGGGGAAGAGAGAGAGACAGAGAGAGAGGAAGGAAAAUAUUCCCCUGUUCCUGCUCAAUCUUUCCGGUGGACCUAAAAGGAAAUAGCAAAAGCCAAGAUUGAUCCACUGCUACCACCAUCAAGAUGUGCUUAAUUUGAUUGUCGUUCAUCCUUCCCUUGAUGGUCUUUGACUGCAGAAAGAAACAGGAAUCCUGAAUCUUUCUUAGUUGGAAUGCCGAGGCUUUACCAAGUAUGGAAGGGAAGCAACAAGUUCUUCUGUGGAGGAAGGCUUAUAUUUGGUCCAGAUGUGGGAUCACUCUUUAUCUCCACCUUCUUGAUCUUGACUCCUUCAAUAGUUUUUUGUUCUCAAGUGGCUACAAAAAUUACCCUACACUCACCAAAUCUUGGAAGUGCUGUAUUGAUUGUGGCUGUGUUCCUCACAAUAUGGGAUUUGCUGGUUCUCAUCUUGACAUCAGGUAGAGAUCCAGGUAUUGUGCCCAGGAAUACACGACCCCCUGAGGUGGAAGAAGGCUUUGAUGAUGCUCUUGCAUCAAUGGAAUGGGUGAAUGAUAGAGUACCACAAUUAAGGCUACCACGAACUAAGGAUGUCACUGUAAAUGGUGUUACAGUGAGGGUCAAAUUCUGCGACACAUGUUUGCUUUAUCGGCCUCCUCGUGCUUCACAUUGCUCCAUCUGCAACAACUGUGUUCAAAGAUUUGAUCAUCAUUGUCCAUGGGUUGGUCAGUGCAUUGGAUUACGUAACUAUCGGUUCUUCUUCAUGUUUAUAUCAUCAUCAACUUUUAUGUGCAUAUAUGUCUUUGCAUUUUCUUGGGUGAACAUUCUCAUACGAAAAUCAAAUGGCAGCCUCUGGAAGGCAAUGUCCCAAGAGGUUCCUUCUGUGGUGCUCAUAGUGUACUGCUUCAUAGCAGUGUGGUUUGUUGGUGGCCUAACUGUUUUCCAUCUCUACUUAAUCAGCACAAAUCAGACUACUUAUGAGAAUUUUCGCUAUCGGUAUGACAAAAAGGAAAAUCCGUAUAACUUGGGUGUCUUCGAGAACUUUGAGGAAAUAUUUCUGUCAAAGAUCCCACCUUCAUUGAAUAAUUUUCGUCUACUGGUAGCAGAAGAACCUAAUGAAAUUUUUUCUCCAAGUAUGAGAGGAGACUCCAUUGGACCGAUGGCAAAAAUUGAUAUGGAAAUUGGCAAUGUGAAAUCUGGAUUCCCUGUUGACUUGCAUCUUCCUGAGAUUUUACAAGGCUUGGACUAUAGUGGCAUCAAUGAUAACUUGAAGAGCAGGGAGAACGAUGAUAAUCAUGCGUUUGGAUCAUUUGUUUACCCUGGGAUAGAGAGAGGUAUGGAGCAAUGUGAAGUCAAUGCAAUAAAGGAUCCAGCAGGCCAUCAUCACAUCAGCAUCAUAUCAUGAGAGGUUCUAAAUGAAGGAUUGGUGGUUGCUCCAAGGUAUUCAUUCUCGUGGAUGUCAACAUUAUUUCACCAUAGAGGCUUCCUGCAUUUAGUCUUCAUCCUCUUCACAUGUAAGGUUGAACAUUCUUGGCUUCUCGAUUAUGCAGCGACAUGGUUAGUGGAGCUUGUAUGCAGCUGAAACACAUCAUAAAGUCUGCUUUUCAUAGAGAGGAAGGACGAAGGAAGAAGUGAGAAAAAGAAAAUCUUUCUAUUUAUUGAACCUUGCUACUGUAUUAUCGUAUUUAUGGAUGUCUAUGAAAUUUUAAUAGUUGUGUGCAUACUUUUGUACAUUGUUUCCAUAUGAUUCCUUUGCUAGUGCGUACAGCAAAUUAAGCAAAGGACAAUGCCUUUACACCGUGGGUGCAAGUCGAUCUGCUGAUGAAGGCGAGGAAAUGGUUAUUAUCAGUUCCAUCAUCAGCAAGGUCAUUGUCACAUAAUCUUUAGUUCCAUGGCAAGAUUAGAGUGUUUCUGCAAUGCUUUAUCCAACUGCUGGCUCACUUAGUAAUCGGCUUUGCAUUUCUGAUGCUAUGAGCUUGUUUUUGAUACUGCUGAUCAGGUUGGCUCUGCCAGCAAGUUGGAAUACAAUCGUCGGUGAUGUCAGCAUUAUUGUAAUGAUUCCAAACUCAGUAGUGCUGCGUGGGCCUUAGAACAGGAAUGCAAGCCUAUUCGAAAUGAACAUCAUCUAGUCAACAUUUUUGGCGGAUGGUUCUGUGGUCUUCCAUCUUCGGAGCCAUCUCGGCAAGUCGGAGGUGCAGAAGGAUCAGAAUUAGGUGGAGAUUGUGCAGUUUUGGCCGUGCAAAUCUUAGAUAAAUCCAUAUCCAUAUGCAGCCUUUACACAAUGCUGAACUCUAGCCUUAAAUGAAAUCACUUGAGUUUCAUUGUAAAAAAUGACGAAGCAAAAAAGGUCUGUAGCCAUUAUUAUCUCACAAUAAAAUGAAAUAAUUUGAGAUGGUCAUUGUAAAAAAUUAUGAGCAAAAAAG